AUGUCUCCAAGAGUGACUUAUCGCAGAAAGUGCCGUUACAAUACUCCAUCUAACAGAGUUCGUGUUGUAAAGACUCCAGGUGGUAGAAAUCUGAUUCACAACAUUGGAAAGGUAUAUUCCCGACCUAAAUGCGGUGAUUGUAAGAAACCUUUAGCAGGAAUUCCAGCAUGUGCCCCAUAUGAAAUGAAACAUCUUAAAAAACGUGAAAGAACCGUAGCCCGUGCAUACGGAGGAACUAAAUGCUCGACUUGUGUUAGACAAAGAAUUUUAAGGGCAUUCUUACUUGAGGAGCAAAAAGUGGUAAAGAGUGUAAUUGCUGAGAAAGAACAACAGAAGAAGAACGAAGAGAAACCAAAAGUUACCAAGAAAUCUACAGGAAGUAAGCAGACUUCAUCCAAGAAGAAGUAA